CGGCUGCUCGUGACCAAAACACGAAGUCGUGGAUUCAACCGAAUGAGCUCCUCCUAGGAAAAUAACCUUUAAAAUUUAUCUUUCUCUUCAGUUUUAACAAGCAGUAGAGGAAGGAGAGAAGAGCAAACAUGUCUGAACACAGCCAAGCCUCUGACGAAGACGUGUCCCCUGAGGACAUCGAUGAAGACGAAAUCCUGGCGAACCUGUCCCCUGAGGAGCUGAAGGAGCUGCAGAGCGAGAUGGAGGUGAUGGCCCCGGACCCCGAGGUCCCGACGGGGAUGAUACAGAGGGAUCAGACCGAGAAACCCCCGACGGGGAGCUUCGACCACAGGUCGCUGGUGGACUACCUGUACUGGCAGAAGGCAUCCAGACGCAUGCUCGAGGACGAGAGAGUUCCCGUCACCCUCUUGCCCUCUGAGAGGAGCGCUGCGGGGACGGGAGGCAGCGGUGAGGUGGGUGGCAGGAGCGGGCCAGAAGCUGAGGGGAAGGAAAGGCACUACAGGAACGAGAGCUUGGCCAGCUCGGGAACACAGCCUGGAGAGACAAACAAGGGUGGAAGUGAUAAGGAAGCAGAGGAGGAAGUGGAGGAGGAGGAGGAGGAAGAAGACAAUGAAGAGGAGGAGGAAGAGGAAGAAGAGGGUGAUGAGAGUGAAUCAGAAACAAAGGAAACUUGCAACCAUGAAAACCAUCGCAGUGAUCAGACCAGUGAGGAAUCAGGUAGAGAAUCAGGGGAAACAACAGAAAAGCCAGAUGAAAAUGUAAAGAAAAUAUCCAAAUUAAACAUCCCUAAGAAGUUAGCGCUGGAUACCAGCUUCAUGAAGCUAAGUGCCAGGCCCUCAGGAAACCAAACCAACUUAGAAGAGAGCUUGGAGAAAGUCCGAAAAAACAACCCGGACAUGAAGGAGCUCAACCUGAACAACAUAGAGAACAUCCCCAAAGAAAUGCUGAUAGACUUUGUCAACGCGAUGAAAAAGAAUAAGAACAUAAAAACGUUCAGCUUGGCCAACGUGGGAGCCGACGACAACGUCGCCUUCGCGCUGGCCAACAUGCUGCGCGAGAACAGGAGCAUCACCACGCUCAACAUCGACUCCAACUUCAUCUCCGGCAAAGGCGUCGUGGCCAUCAUGAGGUGCCUGCAGUACAACGAGACGCUGACGGAGCUCCGCUUCCACAACCAGAGGAGCAUGCUGGGCCACCAGGCCGAGAUGGAAAUCGCCAGGCUGCUGAAAGCCAACGCCACCCUCCUGAAGAUGGGCUACCACUUCGAGCUGCCGGGGCCCAGGAUGGUGGUGACCAACCUGCUGAGCAGGAACCUGGACAAGCAGAGGCAGAAGAGGCAGGAGGAGCAGAGGCAGCAGCAGAGGAAAGAGCAGAGGGAGCUGAUUGCCAUGCUGGAGAACGGACUGGGCUUGCCGCCCGGGAUGUGGGAAAUGCUGGGGGGACCGCUGCCCGAACCCAGCAUGCGCGAAGCACCCCCGGCACCCAAGCCCCCCAUGCCCCCCUCCAUGCCCCGGAGCCGAGGGAAGGAGAGCGCGAGGCCGGAGGCCCCCGAGAAGCCGCACAGAGCCGAGCCCGUCAGCUUCAAGGUGGUCAAGCUGAAAAAGGUGCAGCGCAAGCCCGCUGUGCCCGAGUACGUGGAGCCCACCGAGAAAACCAACCUCAAGGACGUGAUCAAAACACUGAAGCCGAUCCCCAGGAGGCGGCCACCUCCCCUCGUCGAAAUAACCCCGAGGGAUCAGCUGCUGAACGACAUCCGCCAGAGCAACGUCGCUUAUCUCAAACCGGUGCCAUUACCAAAGCAGCUGGAGUGAGACCAGACUGACCCAAAGAAACCAACUUGGAAUAAAGACUAUUCAAGUUUUGCUUACAAUUGUUUUGGCAGAAGUUUUCUGCAGAACCCAGGUGGUGUAUAUGAAUGACUCUUUGGGAACAAAGAUAUGCACUUUUCUAAGAGUGAUGAAAAAGGCUGGCAUGGGAAAAAUCAGUGCUAAGGUUUUCCAUCAGGUAUCAAACGAUCCCCGUGCCAUCUGCCUGCCAAAUGGAUUCAAGGCUCCAGUUUGUUGUGGGAGGAUUUUCUCAGAGACAUCAAUAACCUUAAGUCUUUCUAGUUUUUCAGUAAACUGUUUUGCUCCCAUGUUGUCCUUCUGCUGUCAGAUUCUGCAGGAACAUGCUGUGCUUUAGCUUAUCUUUCUUUUCACACACACGCUCCUCGAUUAUUCUCUUGUCCAUGAGAAAUGCAUUUGGUUUCCAUGUAUACAGCUUUAUUUUUUAGGCUAAGGAAAUGGAAAUGAAAUAAAAGCUUUAUCCACAAGAA